AUGGAGGCGCCUAGAGGGGCUGCCGACGCCGCUGUCCUCGUCGAGGCGGCGGUGCGGGCAGCCGUGCAGGGUCGCGCGCCACGCCGCACGGUGGCGGCAGUGGCGCGGUCGGCACUUUCGGCAGCGCUCUUCGCGCUCCGAGAGGCGCCGCCCGCCGCCGCGCCGCCGCCCGCGGCCGCAGCCGCGGCCCCUGCCACGGAAGGCGCUGCCGCUCCCAAGGCCCGCUCGGCGGCCUGGGUGGAGCGGCGGCGACGACGCCGCCAGCGCCUCGCGGCGCGGCGGCGGGACGGCGCUGGCGCUGAAGCUGCGCCUGCUGGCGAGAGCGCGGCCCUGGCCGCGCUGCCGCCGCAGGCUGAGGCCGAUGCUGACGGCGACGACGCGAUCGACGACGACCGCUGGGCCGACGGCCUCGUGCGGGGAGGGGCGGCUGCCGCUGCUGCUGCUGCGCCGCCUGCCGCGGGCUCGGACGCGGAGCAGCGCGACCUGGUCGCGCGCUUCUGCGCCGUGAAGAUGGCUGGCCUGGACCCCGCCGCCGAGGUCGUGGCCGCCCUGAUGUCGGUCGGCGCGGACGAGCUUCGCAGGCAGAUAGCGGCGGCGUCGUCGUCGCUGGGGAGCUCGCCGGCUGGACGUGGUCCUCCUGGCGCUCCUCAGCCCGGUGAACACUCUCGGUUCUUCAGCUCGUCCAUGGCACCUCAGCAGCAGCGCAAUGGUUACUUCAAGUGCUACUCCUGCUCGUACGCCUGGAACUGGAAGAGCAAGCAGGCGUGCCACUGGUGUGGCAAAGCCUUGGCGCCGUGGACUGACGUUCCUCCUCCAGUGCAAGGUGCUUGGGCGGCCCGCGUCUCUGCCGCUGUCCAGGCCGAGGCCAAGAACACCCAGCCGACCAACGCCGAGGGAGGUUGGGAGCCGUGGUCAUCCUGGCCCAAGUCCCGCCGCCGCCGUGGUAAGGGCAACGGCAAGGACCAAGACGAAGACUGGUGGGCCAGCAAGAACGACACCCCCAAGGCCCGCUCCGCCGAAGACAUCCUGGCGGAGCUCCAGGCAGUCGCUCCUCACAUCGACAAGGCGGCCAUCGACGGCAUCAAGUCGCAGAUCCCGCCGCCCCAGCCGCAGAAGCCUGCCGACCUCAACGAGAUCUACAGCCGCGCCCAGGCUACGGAGCGCCGCUGCAAGAACAACCUCGAGAGGCUGCUGGAGAGCGAGCAGAAGGCGCUCAACUGGUACACUGAGCGCAAGCAGGCGAACCCCCAGCGGCAGCGGCAGCUGACGCUGAAGGCGCGGCGCCCUCACCCGAUCAUCAACACAAUGGACGCAGUCCUCGACCCGUUCGACGAGCUGGCCGAGUUGGACGCCCACUUCGAUUACGCCGAGUCCGGGCAGUACGCUACCGCCCCGCCCGAGACGCUGUCCUCGGUAGGGGGCGAUGAGACGGCCCAGACCGUCGACCACCCCGUGGUCGAGCCCGCGGCGCUGGAUCCUAUCUCCUACGCCAUCCCGCUGGACUUGUGGCAGAAGCAAUGGCAGGAGGCGUUGCCCACACCUUGCAAGCAGCCGCACGCGCACUUCGCGUACCGACACUGGGAGCACGACGCCGACCCCCUCAACCUCAAGUACGCCAAAUGGGUCUCGGCACUCGAGAACACCAUGAUCAGCCACCACCAGAUCGACCCGAAGGAAGCCGCAGCAUACACUGGCCGUGCUCAGGGCUACCAGCUAUCUUGGAAGAAGACAGCGGCUGCUCCAGGCCGCGUACACGCACAUGAUCCACAUGCGGAAUGGUGGGCCAUUACGCUCACCCUCAUCAUGCGCUACGCCGCGCUUUUCGACAAGCCUAAGCAUACAGCGCUUAUGGAGCAGCAGGCCAUCAUCAUCCAGCAGUGCGCCGACCACUUCAACAGCCACAUGCAUGACCUCCAGUUCGAGAAGGAUGAGGAUACCAUCUUCCGCUGGUUCGCGCUCGUCUGGGCCCCGCACCUGGACAAGGAUGACACCGACGACCUGGUCACUAUUACCGCUACCUGGGCCUCCAGAGCCCUCUCGGCCGCCCUCGCCAAGUCCAAGAGGGCCUACGGGGCUUGGCUCGCCCAGCAAUGGAAGCACCGUCCUGGAGUAUUACACGCCCAUGUUAAGCCUGCACCUGUACGUCACACCGAGGCCUACACGUCCAACCUGACCAUCGCCGACCCCACCGUCAUCAUUGACAACAAGAAGCAACAAUGGCAGCAAGUCUGGCAUGCCACCGAGACCUCCGACGACAUCCUCCAGGCCCUGACAAAGUUUGCCGCGUGUGGUGAGGUCCUGUGGUCGAGGGGCCCCCGUGUGAUCAGUGGCAAGGCGAUACACCCCUCCCACGUGUUGGCCGCCAUCCCCAAGUGGCAAAUGUUCUUCUGUGUCAAGUGCGGCCAUACGGCCACACACCAGGAGGCUCUCAGCGGCCUCGAGGCCUGGAGCGCCUGGGCCAAGCGGGGGGGAUCUCGGGGCUGGCGCGCGCUCCGCGCUGGCGCGGCGCGCGCGCGCCCCGUCGGCCGCGGCCCGACCGCGGCCGCGGCCUCUCGAGAGCGCGCCGGGCCGCGGGCCGGCCGCGGGCGCCAAAUGGCGGCGCCGUCUGCGGCGCGGCUGCGGGCGGCCCUGGCCGCGAAGGGCGCCCUGGGCUUCGGAGCUGCGGCGGCCGCGUCGCUGUACUACACGGACCCAGACGAAGGCUUCCGCCGCGCCGUGCAGUUCAACCACGACGUCCUGCCGAUCGCCCUGCGGUACAAGGCGGCCCAGCUCUACGGGGAGUAUCGCAGCCCGGAGGCAUCCGCCGAGAUGUUUGCGGGGCUGCACAGGCAGUAUGCCCCAAGGACGCUGGACAUCAUCCUGCAGCAGAAGGGCUUCUACGUCAAGGUCGCGCAGUUCUUGUCGCAGUACCCGGACGUGCUGCCCCCGCAGUACAUCGAGGCCUACGAGGUCCUGCGCGACAGCGCGCCGUCGCUGCCCUUCGAGGCCGUGCGGGACAUCGUCGAGAGCGAGCUGGGCGCCGGGCUGGAGCACUUCUUCCUCCACUUCGACCGCGAGCCCCUGGGCGCCGCGUCCAUAGGCCAGGCGCACGGCGCGCGGCUCCGGGACGGCACGGACGUGGUGGUGAAGGUUCAGUUCCCCGAGGCGGAGCAGCAGUUCCACAUCGACGUCGAGCUGGCCAUCAGGAUGUGCCGGGCCCUGGGCCCCCAGUACGUGGACAUCCUGCGGCAGCUGCAGAAGAACUUCGCCUACGAGUUCGACUACCGCCGGGAGGCCCGCCUGCAGCGCCAGGCCCACGCGAACCUGAGGUCGUCCGAGGGCGUGGUGGUGCCGCUCCCGUUCGACGACGAGCACGGGCUGUGCGCGCGGCUCUUCGGCCGCGGCUUGGUGACCAAGCGAGUGUUCGUGAUGGAGCGCCUGCGCGGGAGGCCCGUGGACAAGUGGGCCGCGCAGCAGGUCGCCGAGAUGGCCGCGCGGGAGGGCGUCGAGCCGCAGGAGGUCUGGAGGCGCCUGCAGUCCAUGACCGCCGAGCAGGCCCAGCGGCUGGUGCCGAGCGAGGCGUCGCUGCGCGCGUACCGUGCGCUGCUGGCGGUCCGCGACGCCGUCCGGAACGGGUGCGCCGCCUGCUACAACUGGACGGUGGGCUGGCUGGGAGCACCCAUCGCGUACCGGUGGAGCUCCCGCCCGGUCAACGUCUACCAGGUUGUCGAUUGGCUCUUUGCAGUGCAGUCCAAAUGUAUCUUUGAGGACGGCUUCGUCAACAGCGAUCCCCAUGCCGGCAACGUGCUUCUGCUUGAUGACGGGCGCCUCGGGCUCAUCGAUUGGGGUCAGGUCUGCCAGCUCACGCCGCAGCAGAGGGUCACGCUUGCGAAGGCCCUCUUGGCGGUAGCUGACCGCGACGAGCCGUUGAUCGCGCGAAUGGCGUGGAGCAUGGGGGUGCAGACGAAGAACGCUUCGGACUGGGUCGUCAUGAAGCUCGGCAUCUUUUGGCUUGGGAGCUUCGGAGACGACGUGGUGGGUGAGCUGGGCGGCGCGACGUGCUUCGAGGAGAACCUGACCAAGAUCGACCGCAUCGUCAAGGCGGGCGACGCGUACUUCGGUGCCGUCCGCUCCCCCGGCGCGUGCUCAUGACGCGCGGCGUCGCCGCUCUCAUCCGGGGGGCGUCAGAUCGACGCUCCCUGGCCGUGGGCUUCCCCGCGGCCGACUCGUCGAGGCGCAUGCGGCCCGCGGCGGAGGCCUGCCUGCGGGGCGCGGGCGUGGCCUUCCGCACAGCGCCCGGCGCGCGGCUGCCGGUGCCGCCGGAGGCCGCGGCGCUGAUGCGCUCGCUGGCCGCCAGC